AUGGAGCGCGGAUUCCUCGGCGCAGUGCUGCUGCUGACGUGUCUCGGCGCUGUUUCACAAGUUGACUGCGUUCCUCUCAACAAGUCUCAGGCGCAAGUGCUGCUGCACUGUCUGAAGGCGUGGAGCACAACGAUUGACGGCUGGAUGGUUGGUGGGGACUGCAGCAAGGCAAGGAACGUCACGUGCGAUGGCAGGGGCAUGAUAACAGCCAUUUCUUUAGGCGGACACAUAUUACGGGGAUCGUUCCCUUCAUCCAUCGGCAACUUGACCGGCUUGACAAGCUUGAGCCUUCGGGAAAACAGACUGUGGAGCCCUAUCCCUGACUCUGUUAGCCAGCUCACGAAUCUUCGACUCUUGGAUCUCUACAUGAGUGGCAUAACUGGAAACAUUCCAUCCGCUAUUGGUCGCAUGAGCAGCCUUACGUACUUAGAUCUUGGCUACAACGGCUUGCUAGGCACAAUCCCUGACUCCAUUAGUGAACUUACAAAUCUUCGUUCCGUAAACUUCGGGAAGAAUGGGCUGGCUGGCGCAAUAACACAGUCGUUAGGCAGCCUAAAAACUUUGACCGCAUUGGACCUUAGCAGAAAUAGCUUCAUGGGCAAUGUUCCUGCUUCGUUUGGCAAUCUCACCAACCUUCGUGUCUUGAAUUUGGAUCGCCCCCCAGUGACAUGCCCUCCAGACUUCACCCAGUGCGUUGUCAAACAAGAUCCGCAAAGCGCUUUCUGCCUGAUGUGCCUCUCCUUUUGCACCACUUGUGUCAAGGCAGCAGCAU